AUGGACGACGAUGCCGAUGCGGCUCUCGAGAAGUUUUUCGAGGAGGACGCUUUGCUGGAGGCCCUGCAGGAUGCUCCCGACGUGGAAGCCCAAGCGGCGGCCUUCAAGGCCCGUUCAUCUCGCCCGACGGGUCGAGCUGAGAGGAGUGAAGGCUCUGAAAGCCAAGCGGGCUGUCAGAUGCGAGCGGCUGCGCAGGCUCCGCCCACCUCUCGGGAGUCUGCACCCUCACAGAGUGACCUGGAAGCCCCUGGAUCGUCGACGCGACGCCGCGUGAAAGGGAGGUCUUGGCGAGGUACCAUGGCAGUGAUCCUGGUAAGCCUGGUGAUUUGGGCCGGGCUGCUGACAAUCUGGAGCCCUCCAGAGCUGUGGCCAGAUGUUGCGUCUGCGGAAAUGCCGGCGAAGGAGACGAUGAGGAGCACCCCGAGGCCAAUCCAGCUGCCGGGUCAAAGUUCGACGAACGAGACCCGCGCUGCUGGCCCUCGGGGUCGCGUCAAUGUGUCAUGGUCGUCCCUGGAUAUGACUGCUGGCAAUGCCACGGAUGCACUUCCAGAAAACACCACAGGCGGGGGUCGCCUACCGUUCCGUCGCAAGGGCCGUCGUUCUGAUGGCAUUGGCCACUGA